UUGCUAGGUCUGACCGGCCCCAGGGUUAAAGGGUCAAGAGGGACGCAGCUCCAGUAUCCCUGGCUCUCGUGGUCCAAAGGGACACCAAGGGCCCCCUGGAGUCCCUGGACCCAAAGGGAUCAAGCUAUAUGCCCACGCUCCCUCCGAUUUGAAGGGGGAGACAGGGGAUCUGGGUGAGAAGGGCUGUAAGGGUUCACCUGGUUAUGCUGGCCAGGUCAACUUGAAGGAAAAAGGGGACCAGGGGGGCAUUGGCAGUGAGGGAAGACCGGGGAAGGAUGGGCGUCAAGGGCCCGCUGGAUAUGAGGGGAGAAAGGGGAAUCCCGUUUAGCAGGACCUGAUGGAAUACCUGGACCGUGGGGACAGAAGGGCGUCCAGGGUCAAGACGGAGACCCUGGGGAGGUGACCAUGAUUGGCUGUGACGUAAUUGGCCCAAAGGACCACCAGGAUUUACUGGCCCCCCGGGGCCCACUGGGUUACUGGUCCCCCAGGUGUCACUGGUUUCCAGGGGCCUCCAGGUCCUAACUACGGAGGAGAUCCCGACAAUCGGGGAGUGAAGGGCCACAGUGGGCCUAAAGGGGAUAAGGGGACCCAGGACCCAUCAUCCAGGGAGAGCCAGGCAGGGAAGGCUCACAAGGAACCACUGGAGACCUUGGAGCCCCGGGACCACCUGGAGAAUCAGAUUAUCUGAAGGGCCUUAUAGGACCUCCGGGGGCAAAGGGAGCCCAGGGAGAACAAGGGUACAGUGGCCAAUAUGGAUGAAAGGUGCGAAAGGGGAGGUCUGUAGUUUGUGUACGGGAAAAGGAUCUGGAGAGCCUGGACUCCCAGGUUCCCCUGGCCAGCCUGGACUCCCAGGCUUUAGUGCAGGACCAGGACCCCAAGGAGAGCCAGGAUUCAAAGGACCCCCGGGAUCACCUGGACAACAGGGUCUCCAUGGCCCUUCAGGUGUUCCGGGACGCCCAGGGCCAAAAGGAAAUUCAGGUUCCCGCAACCACCAGGGGAUAAAGGGAGAGAAAGGAGCCCCAGGACCAGCUGGCAGAUCAGGGCUGGACGGCCUAUACGGGGCCCCUGGCUUCCGUGGACGCAAGGGCCAACAAGGCCCUAAGGGUGAUCCAUACUAUGGGCCACUGGGUCUGAAGGGAGAUAUUGGUGUCCCAGGCCCUCCCGGACCGCAGGGAUACCCAGGACCAGACGGUUCACCAGGUCCAGUAGGCAUAGGACCGCUUGGUCCCUCAGGACCUAAAGGCAAUAGUGGGGUACCAGGUCUACCUGGUACACCUGGUUACCAAGGUCAGAAGGGCGAGCCCUGCAGCAGUGUGGCUGACCAGGGAGUCCCAGGCCUACCGGGAAAGGCAGGGCUGCCGGGCACACAGGGCCCCCCAGGUCCUCGUGGUGGUGCUGGUAACCCGGGGGAGAAAGGGGACCGUGGUGUAUUCUCCACCCUUGGAAGACGAGGACCCACUGGACAGAAAGGUGACAAAGGGCAGCCGGGACGCCCAAGUACCUCUGGAAGUGGCUGUCCUGGACGACCCGGCGUAAUGGGAUUCCUUGGGGCUCAAGGGCCAAAGGGUGAUGCUGGGUUUGAGAUCCUAGGUCCAGCCGGCCUUAAAGGUUUCCCAGGUGGUGUUGGGGCCCAGGGCCCUCCUGGAGAUCCAGGAGUACUGGGCCGACCAGGGAGUCCGGGACCACCCGGCCUCAAUGGGUCCUCAGGCCCCAAAGGAAGUAAAGGUGUAGAUGGUUCCCAAGGACCUCCUGGUUACGCAAGUACUUGCUGUACUGAAGGCCCAACCGGACCACCAGGGCUGUCAGGCAGACCUGGACCCCCAGGUGCUAAUGGAGAGAUUGGUUCGCGCGGGGACCCUGGCGCCCCGGGGUUUGGAAGUUCAGGCCCGGCUGGUGACCCUGGGCCCCCUGGGGCCUCCGAACCCGGAGUGCAGGGCCUGACUGGACAGAUGGGAGGCAGAGGGAGAGACGGGUUACCAGGUGUACCAGGUCCUAGAGGUGACCCAGGAAGACCUGGACCGGGCCCUGACGGCCCACCUGGAGCUGAAGGACCACCCGGUCCCAAAGGAUCGGUUGGCCCUGAUGGGGAGAAAGGUCACAGUGGUGUACCAGGCUGUGUGGGGGGCGACGGGCCCCCAGGCCCUUGUGGACCAUCAUCCAAUACAGUCAUACACGGGCCCCCAGGGGACCCUGGGAAACGUGGUCUGCCUGGUUUCCAUGGUGCUAAAGGACAUCCUGGAUAUCCUGGACCCAAAGGCAUUGAUGGGAGGGACGGUGACCCAGGAAAUGGGCCGAGAGGCUGUCCAGGUGAUCCUGGGGCUGAUGGACUGUGCUCAGGAGGACCAGGCCCAUCUGGACUCAGAGGAAAUAUGGGGCUCAUGGGUCUACCAGGGCCCCGUGGAAUAAAGGGAGGCCCGGGUUCCAAUGGAGACCCAGGACUAGACGGUACGCCCGGUCCAUGCGGGCCAAAAGGAACUAAAGGAGAGUCCAGUUGUGCAAAACCAGGCCUCACAGGAUCACCUGGACAGAAGGGUGAGCCAGCCUUGUAUAACAAACAUGACUCCAAAGGAAUGAAAGGCUCUCCUGGUUACGCAGGUCCUCCAGGCUCCCACGGACCCUCUGGAGCCAAAGGAGACCCAGGACAUCAUGGAGCCCGAGGUCCUGCCGGCCAACCAGGUACCGAUGGUCCCCCAGGCCUCCCAGGACUCCCUGCGUCACAUGGAGCUCCAGGACAACCAGGGUUACCUGGUCCUCCUGGUCCCUGUGGUCCUAAAGGUAACCAGGGUUACGAUGGCAUUCCUGGACCUGCUGGUCAGAAGGGAGAGACACUGAUUGUGGGAUCAACUCCUGGCCCACGUGGAAAGAAUGGACUGCCAGGUCCAAAGGGAGAUGUGGGUUUCCCUGGACCCACUCCUCCGGAGCCCCCAGGGUGUCCGGGAGAUCGGGGCCACCGAGGCAACGAAGGACCCCAGGGUUCUCGCGGGAGGCCAGGGUCUGGUGGUGUUUGUGUCAACGGGCUGAAAGGAGAUGCUGGUCCCAAAGGCAGCCCUGGGAGCCCUGGACAGCAGGGUCUGAAGGGAAAGCCAGGGCCUGGAGGCUAUGAAUGUAAAGGGGACAGGGGAGACCUGGGCGCUCCAGGGGGCAGAGGCUUGGACGGGCCCACAGGAGACGUCGGACCUCCAGGGCUACGGGGACCAGGAGCCAUCCCUGGACCUCCAGGACCAAUCGGUUCCCCAGGUCACCCUGGAACCCCAGGAGUCCCCGGUGAGAUGGGUGAUCCUAGUUAUAGCCCUGGCCCGAAAGGACCAAAUGGAUCCAAAGGCCGACCAGGACCACCAGGUUGUCCGGGGCUUAACGUGACAGUGAGACCCGAAAAGGGGGAUCCGGGCCCACCCGGUUACACCGGUAACCAGGGACCUCCAGGUCCCAGUGGGUCGUCAGGACAACCAGGAUUAACAGGGCCCCCAGGCCCUGAGGGUCAACAGGGACACAGCCCUCCAGGCUUGCCUGGCUUCCCCGGACGCAAGGGAGACAAAGGAUCGCCAGGACUGACAGGGAGGUUGGGCUUCCAGGGGAUUCCGGGUCAGAAGGGUUCUCUUGGCCCAAGGGGCUGCAACACGACAGGCCUGGCUGACAGUUUCCUGCUGGCCCGACACAGCCAGACCAUCAGAGUGCCUAACUGCCCGCAAGGCACCAUCCUCAUCUACUCUGGAUACUCUCUGCUCUUCAUCAAUGGCAACAAAAGGGCUCACGGACAAGACCUGGGCUCCGUGGGCAGCUUGCCUGCCUCGUUUCUCCACCAUGCCCUUCCUGUUCUGUGAACGGACAACACCUGUCGCUACGCCGCCCGCAACGACUACUCCUAUUGGCUGUCCACGGAGAAGCCCAUGCCACGCAGCAUGGCCUGAUCAGAGGAGACGAGAUCAGCAGCUACAUCA